AUGCACGUAAUUGAGGAUGAAAUCGAAAGAUUUAAUGAUGAAAAUAAUGAUAAUAAAAAUCUUCAUACAAGAAUUACAUCGUCCGAACAAGAUUUUUCUUUUUUAAAUAUAUCAUUACAAAUCAAACGUUCGGUUCAUUAUGAUACUGAUUCAAUAACUAAUCAUGAAUAUCAACCGUUAAGACUUAUUUCUGGAAUAGAACAAUCAUCAAUUGAUUAUGUUCUUCGUCGACGAUACAUUGCACAUUGGGGUUUACCAGAGUGGCUUGGUGAUAAUCAUUUUUUAUUACAGAAGCAUCGACCACCAACCAAUUCUGUUCGCGAAUGUCUGAUCUCAAUUGCAUCAAUACAUAGUGAAACUAUUAAUAUUUGGACACAUUUAAUUGGUACAUUCUGUAUUUCUGUAACAUAUAUACUUUUUUUUCUUGAUAAUUAUCAACAAAUGGACAUAUUUGAUAUUAUAUCAUUUAGUAUUUUCUUUAUAUCAGCUAUAUUAUGUUUAACAUUUUCAACUUUAUUACAUAUAUUUAUUAACUAUUCACCAAGUGUCUUAGUUACUGUUUCUAAACUUGAUUAUAUGGGUAGUAUACUUUUUGUGCUUUCAAUUGCAUCAAUAAUUGGCACAAGUAGUGCUGCAUGUUCAAAGCCACGUUGUCGUCCAUUUAAAGCUAUUUUAUUUAUUGCUUUAGGUCUUUAUGGUGUGGUUCCAGCAACACAUGCUUGUAUUCUUCAUGGUUUAUCACGUAUGUUUGAAAUGGGUUUUUUAUAUUUAUGUAUUAUGGCUGUGACAUACAUUGCUGGUGGUAUUAUUUAUGCAAUUCGAAUACCAGAACGAUAUUUUCCCGGUCGUUUUGAUGUUGUUGGUCAGAGUCAUCAAAUUUUACAUAUUUCUGUAAUAGCAGCUGUUUAUUUACAUUUUUAUGGUAUUUGUUGUUUAUUUCAUAAUAUAAUUCGAACAGAACAAUGUAUUAUGCCAAUAAAAUUAAAACUUGGUAUAACUGAUUUAUCUAUCUCUUCUUAA